CUACCAUGCUCCCCUUCCUUCUUCUACACCUCCGCCACACGCCUCUCCCCUUCUCUACUGAGUGCCAUCUCGAGCCAUCUGACGCGUAAACUCUCAAGAAAGGCAUGUUUCUCAGUUGCAAUCUUUCUGCUUUUUGUUUAUAAAUUCAUGGUAUCAAUAUUUGGACCUGUAUAAGAAUUUGUGAAUGGAUUCGGAGUUGAGUGAAGAGGUCAGCGUACCAACAAAAGCAUCCAUAAAUGAUUCUAAAAUUGGCCAAAAGAAUAAGGGAAAAGUUCCUAAAAGGGUUCACAAGUCUGAGAGGGAAAAAAUGAAGAGGGAACAUUUGAAUGAUCUAUUCAUCAAUCUAGCUAAUGCUCUGGGAUUAUCAGAGGCAAACAAUGGGAAGGCCUCCAUACUAGCGGAAACAUCUCGAGUCUUGAAAGAUGUGUACUCUAUAGUUGAUAAUCUCAAACGAGAGAAUGCAACCUUAUUAUCUGAAUCUCAAUAUAUGACUGUGGAGAAAAGUGAACUGCUUGAUGAGAAGUCUGCAUUAGAAGCUCAGAUUAGGAAGUUAAGAAUUGAGUUAGAGGAGAGGAUGACACAAUCAAAACCAGACCUAAACAAACCUCCUCCUGAAGAACCGGCUACAUGGUUUUCAUCAGAUCCUGCCUUGCAGUAUGCACCAUAUAUCAACUCCGUUUACAUAAUCCCCAUGUGCUCUGAUCUCCAAGCAAAUAUGGAUCAUAGUGGUGCUGCUCAGUUUGCAGCAAACUCACCAUCUAAUUUGGCUAAGCCACAGUCUAGAUAUCCUAACCCGGCUGAUUCAUGGCCAUCCCAAUUGGCUAAGUAGCUUCAACAUGGGUAAGUCGUACAACAGCAGGGGCUAGGGCAGACCAACCCCUUGGGCAGCCCAAUAACCCAAUUUUAUAAAAAAAAAUAUAUAUUCCUUUUUCUUUCUCUUUCUCUGUACAACAUAACACUAAAGUCACAAAGCUAAAUAUAUUUAUUGUUGUAAAUUUUUUAGUGUAACAAAAUCAGGAUGUAAAUAUAGUUUAACACUUAUAAAAAAUGUAAAAUUGUGCCAAAUUUUAUAUUUUAAACAUGCUA